UAAAUACCAGGCUCCUGUGUAAUGUACUGGCUGUGUCAGAUCAUCUCCAGGUUUUGUGCAGUACACACUGACUGACAGCAUGGCUGGGGUACGGGUGGCAGUAGUCACAGGGGGCAAUAAAGGGGUCGGCCUGGCUGUAGUGAGAGCCUUGUGCAAGCAGUUCCAGGGAGACGUGUAUCUGACCGCCAGGAACCCCCAGCUGGGGGAGGAAGCUAUCAGGGCACUAAAGGAGAAGGAAGGUUUAUCCGCUCACUUCCACCAGCUGGACAUCAAUGACCUGAGCAGUAUCCGGGCUCUCCGCGACUUUCUGAAAGGAAAGUAUGGAGGUCUGGAUGUCCUCAUCAAUAAUGCUGGCAUUGCAUUUAAAGCUGCUGACACAACCCCUUUUGGCACACAAGCUGAAGUAACGCUGAAAACCAACUUCUUUGCCACAAGAGAUAUUUGCAAUGAGCUACUUCCACUCAUUAAACCAAAUGGGAGGGUGGUUAAUGUGUCCAGUAUGGUCAGCUAUAUGAGCCUCCCAAAGUGCAGCCCGGAACUACAGGAGAAAUUCCGCAGUGAGACCAUCACAGAGGAGGAGCUGGUGACGCUCAUGGAGAAGUUUGUAGAAGACGCCAAGAAGGGCAUCCACCAAGAACAAGGCUGGCCGAACACUGCUUAUGGGGUGUCCAAAAUUGGCGUAACGGUUCUAUCCAAAAUCCAAGCUCGUAGGCUAAAGGAGACCAGGAAAGGAGAGGGCAUUGUCCUCAAUGCCUGCUGCCCAGGGUGGGUGAGGACCGACAUGGCUGGUCCCAAAGCUACCAAGUCUCCUGAUGAAGGAGCCGUGACACCAGUAUAUCUGGCUCUCCUCCCACCUGGAACUGAUUCACCCAAUGGAGAGAUUGUCAGUGAAAAGAAGAUCGUAACUUGGUAGUAAAAAAAUCUAGACUGGCGCCCAAACCACCUGACGUUUAGCACAGCAGUUCUCAACAUCGACCCUCAAGUUUUCCCAGCAGGUCAUGUUUUCAGGAUGUCUGCCUGUGGGAGCAGGUGGGAUAAUUACUAACCCAACAAAAUAGAGUAACCCACCUGUGCAGGAUGAAAGACAUCCACAAAACAUGGCCUGUUGGAAGUACUUGAAGAACCUCUGAUUUUAGCGGAUGCAUUGAUAUAGUUUUGUGUUUGAUACCUCUUGCACAUUAUUCAUGUCUUUCAUAUGUUAUUGUUGUUAAGGAAUAAAAGUUGUGUUGAUUAAA